GGUAAACAGUCUCUAUACGCGUAAGCAGGAAGCGCCAUUGAAACACUUUGCAACAUCAAUGUAAACGAGUAGUCACAGACGAUGAACUACGUGGGGCAGCUAGCGGAGACGGUGUUCGUCACUGUGAAGGAGCUCUAUAAGGGACUGAACCCAGCGACGCUGACCGGGGGCAUCGAUGUCAUCGUGGUGCGGCAGCCCGAUGGCUCUCUGCAGUGCUCCCCCUUCCAUGUGCGAUUCGGCAAGCUCGGUGUGCUGAGGUCCCGCGAGAAAGUGGUGGACAUAGAGAUCAAUGGGGAGCAGGUGGAACUGCACAUGAAGCUGGGAGAUAACGGGGAAGCUUUUUUUGUGGCGGAGAAUGAAGAUCACAAGGAGCGGGUCCCUGCACACCUGUGCACCUCACCUAUCCCACUGGAGGGGUCUGAGGCGGCCGAGUCACCCCUGAUCACUGGCUCCCGCAGGAAGAAGCGCCGGCGGAAACGCACGCGCUCCGAAACCCCAUGGAGAGAGGAGGGAGGGUCCUCUGAUGAUGAACGGGAGCUCCCAGGGGGUGAGGGGCUGGGGGAGGAUACCUUGCCAUUCGUGCCAACCAGUUCUUCUGUCUACUAUUCAUUUGUGGAAGACACCAUUGAAGAUCUGGGGAGCACACAUUCCCAUGAUAUUCACCCCUAUUCAGACGGGGAGUGGUCACCUCCAGAAAGUGUUUUCAUGAGCCGGCCUUCCUCCCCAAAGAGUGACUCUGAGCUGCUGAUUAAACCUCCUGAAUCGACAGGGCCCCAGAUGCAGUGGGCCUGGGGAGGCUUCCCAAAGGUUAGAUCGAGUGAGAGAGCACAAGCAGAGGCUUCACAAACCUCACCUACUGUCCAGCCUUCAGGAAGCACCCACUUCCGAGCCAUCUAUCGCCAGGACUCUAUUGAGCUUGACAUGCCGGAAGAGCCCUCGUGCCAAAGUGGCAGCAUGACUCUGCUAAGACCAGAACCGCAGGAGCAAGUGGCAGGGCCCAUCACUUUAGAUCAAAGGCUAACUAGUGCACAACCAAGCAUAAUCACAGUCCCAGCUUUAGAACACAGAACAAAAACAGAACUGGAACAAACCCUGCCUGCAACUGAACUCGGCACAAUCACAGUCCCAGCUUUAGAACACAGCACAAGAACAGAACUGGAACAAACCCUGCCUGCAACUGAACUCGGGACAAACACAGUCCAUGCACUAACCGAACUUGGAACAAAACCCAGCCCAGACAUAGUCCAUGUACUAACCAAACUUGGAACAGAACCCAGUCCAGACACAGUCCGUGGACUAACUGAACCUGGAACAGAACCCAGCCCAGACAUAGUCCAUGUACUAACCAAACCUGUAACAGAACCCAGCCCAGACACUGUCCCAGUGCAAACACAGCCAGAACAAAGACUAGGGGACACACCACUUGCACAAAUACAAGCAUGGGUAGGAGGGGACACUACAGUGGAAUCAACACGAACACAACUACGGCAAACCUGUGAAACCACAAGCCCAGCACUGCCGGAUCAGAUUGGAGUCGACACUCCUGCAGGACCGGCUCCAGAAACAAGAACUGGACCAUCUCCUGCCCCAUCUGACAUCAGAACUGAAGUGCUGCCCUUCAGUGGGCCUUGCCCUGAGGCUGGAACUGAGACCGUGGAUGGGUUGGAGCAGAAUCUUGAAAAUAUAGAGCCAGGAACACUUGAGGGGGCUGCUAAAGGGGAGGUGGAGGCUGAAGAGGGCAAAGGGGUCCCAGAGAGGACAGCAGAGGUCCCUCAGAGCUCUAAAGCCACAGAAAGUGUGAAAGGGAGUUCAGAGGUUGAGGAGAGUGCAAAAGCUGAAGCACAGCUGGCUGCUGCAGACACGGCUGUGAAAAGUGAACACAUGGUGAAAAAGAGAAGUAAACAAAGCCAGCACCUGGGUCCAUCUGACAUCUAUCUGGAUGACCUUACCAACCUUGACCCGAAAGUCGCCGCUCUCUACUUCCCCAAAAGUGACUUGGAGGCGAGCUCGCGGCCAGAGGCUGAGCCAGGCUCGCAGUCUGGUAACCAGUCACCUCAGUCAGUGGGCAGUGGUGCCAUGGACAGCGGGACAGACUACCUGUCAGACUCUCCCGGAGACUUGGCUGAAGUCACCAUAUCCCUGUGUGGCAAGCUGGGGGAUGUCAGUCAGAUCAGCAAAGAGAAAUUCAUGGAGCACAUGAUCAGCUUCCAGGCCUUUGCCUCCAAUCCAGGAAUCAUUGAGGACCCCAAUCUAGUGAUCUGCAUCAAUUCCAAGUAUUACAACUGGGCUGUUGCUGCUCCCAUCAUCCUUUCAAUGCAAGCAUUCCAAAAGAAUUUACCAAAGAGCUCUGUGGAGCAGCUGGUGAAGGACAAAAUGCCAAAGAAAUCGGGGAGGUGGUGGUUCUCAUGGAGACGUAGAAAUCUUGAAACUAAAGAGGCUAAAACAAGUGAUGAAAAAUCAGAGGGGCAGAAUGAGACGGAGGCACCUGAUCAUGUCCCCUCCGCUUCAACGCACAUAGGCAGUAAUACUACAAGUGAUGACGACUCGCAGACAGAGACGCUCUCCACAGAGCAGUGCCUUAACCAGAUGUACCGCAAGUCUCUCCGCCUCACCUCCGAGCAGAUAGAACAGCUCAACCUGCGGGAGGGGGCCAAUGAGAUUGUAUUCAGCGUGACCACGCAGUACCAGGGGACCUGCCGUUGCGAGGCCGCCAUCUACCUGUGGAACUGGGAUGACAGGAUCGUCAUUUCAGACAUCGAUGGCACCAUCACCAAGUCUGAUGCCCUAGGACACAUCCUACCUCAACUGGGGAAAGACUGGACUCACCAAGGGAUUGCAAAACUCUACCACAAAAUACACCAAAAUGGCUACAAGUUCCUGUACUGCUCUGCGCGAGCGAUUGGGAUGGCUGACAUCACCAAGGGGUACCUGCAGUGGGUCAACGACAGGGGGACAGUUCUCCCUAAAGGCCCGGUGCUGCUCGCACCAAGCAGCCUCUUCUCAGCCCUGCACAGGGAGGUGAUUGAGAAGAAACCCGAAGUGUUUAAGAUUGCCUGUCUAACUGACAUCAGAAACCUCUUCAGCCCAAUGCGGCAGCCCUUCUAUGCAGCCUUUGGAAACAGAGUUAACGAUGUUUACGCAUACAAGCAAGUAGGAGUGCCAGAGUACCGGAUCUUCACAGUCAACCCCAAAGGAGAGCUCAUCCAAGAAAAAACCAAGGGCAACAAGUCUUCGUACCUUCGCCUGAGUGAGAUGGUGGAGCAUGCCUUCCCUCUGCUCUCACAGGGUCGCAGUUCAUUGUUUGACUGCCCCGAGUUCAGCCACUUCUCCUUUUGGAGAGAUCCUGUCCCCCCUCUGGAUCUGGGCGAGCUGCAGUAACAUCCUGCCUGUCUGUCCCGUUUUAGUCUGUUUCUUCCACACCUGAACUCAAUCCACUUGAGGUCCUGUGAGGGAAUCUUUGGAUUGAUCCUUUAUUUUCACUAACUUGCAAUUUUGAAGAAAGACCAAAGAUCGCAAAUAUAGAAACCGGGUUUGUCCUGGUUUCAGGAAAAAAAAAGGCCAUCGUUGUAAAACAACAUUUUAAAUUUUAAUUUUGAUUGGUUUCCAUAUGCUUUUGGUUCUGUAAACUACUGGUUAGAGCUGAAUGUGAUGCACUGCAACAGCAGCUGGCUGACAAAGAGAACUCUAGCCAAAGGCAGUGAGGAAUAACUAACAACCUUUUAUUGAAAUGAAUAAUGAAACUAAUAAUUUAACACAAUUUUAUUGAAUGUUUGUGUUGUGCAUAUUCUCCAUCUUAAUCUGUCCCAUAUACUUGACCAUGUAUUGUGAAUAUUAAAAUGAAUUCCUGUAUGACUGGAGUUACCAAACAGUACUUUUGAAAGAAAGAGCUUGUCCUGUAGUAUUGUUUGGUUUAGUUAACAAGAGUGAUCAGGGAUAGUAAUUCAAACUAAGAAUUUUUGGUGUGAAGGUUAACAUGUAUGAUACAUGCAAAGUAAGGUUUUGGUAUAAGAACAAGUGUUAAAAAUAACGAAUUUCAGUAUGGCAUGUUUUUUUUUUUUUUUUUUUUUCUGGUAGGGACUUUGCUAGUACCUGUGGCUUCUCCCUUAGUGGUUUUAGUUUUUAGCUUGUGCUCCGUUCUUUUAAAUGGAACUCUAAAAUGGUUUGAAAGUUCCAGCCAUUGAAUAAUCAAGAAAUGCCUGAUCCUUACAACCUCGUGCUGAUCAGGGUUCUAGGGAACAAGGGGCAAAA